AACAUUCAAAUGACCAAUCAAGUAUCAGAGAUGGAUGACAAAGAAUUACUGGUGGAGAAAUGUACGACUCUCAGAAUAAUCGAUACAGCUGUACGUGCAUCAAAAUUUACAAAACUAGGGGUCAUUUCAAACGACACCUUGAAAAAGAACAUGGAUGGGACUUUGCUUUAAAUCAGGAUUCAUCAAACUCAACAGUGUACUCAAAAAUGGAACAUGUUGCAGUGUGGCGAGCUUCUUUCAUAAAACUUUCCUUGCUGCUUAGGGACACUGAAGAUGCUUUCCAUUAUGGGGAUGGUUAUCGCAUUUUCCGAAAUGUCAAGUUCGAGAUGCUUUGUGCAGACGCAGCCCACCAUGCAAAAUAUCGUUUAUGGUUGUGGCAUAUGCAAGCAUAUGAGAGUGCGAUCUUGACUCAAAGACAAGCAGUUGAAUAUAAAUGGAACUGCACAGCCAAUACACAUGGUGGGAAAGGAAAAAAUAUUCCCAAUGACAAUCUAGUAGAGACUCUUGUGCAGAAAAUUAAGAAGAAAUUAAGAGAGCAGGUAUCUAACCUAACACACAACAGUGCACAGAGGAUAGCUCUUUCCAUUCAAAUUCAGGAAGAAUUGAAAGAGAAUGUAUUGCGACAAUUCAGUAAUAAAGAAAAAGGACGUUCUAGACCAACUGUUAAUAGAGACUCUGAACUCCAUAAUUUGAUCACUGAGCUACAGCAUGGGGAGGUAUCUGAUGUUAUCCAGGGAAGGGAAUUCCAUGCUUUCAGAAGAUUUAGUGAUUUAUUUUCCAAAGUUAAAGCUGAAGAACUGCACAAAUGGAUUUCAGACCAAAAGUUUAGAGCAAGUUAUGAAAUGUUUUAAA